ACCUUCCGAGACGAACUGGUCCGGCCCCCACCUUCCGAGACGAACUGGUCCGGCCCCCACCUUCCGAGACGAACUGGUCCGGCCCCCACCUUCCGAGACGAACUGGUCCGGCCCCCACCUUCCGAGACGAACUGGUCCGGCCCCCACCUUCCGAGACGAACUGGUCUUAGGAGCAGGCCGUCACACUCAAGACCAGUUCUUCGGAGCGCUCAGAGAUAUGACAAGCUCAUCUACAGAAAUGGAUCCCGAAUUGGCACGACAGCUGUUCUUUGAAGGAGCAACAAUUGUGAUCUUCGGCGUACCCGAGGGAUCAGAAUUUGGCAUCGACGCAAACAGCUGGCAAGUGGGCCCUCGAUUCCAAGGCGUAAAGAUGGUGCCUCCAGGGGUUCACUUUAUUCACUAUAGUGCAAAAAGAAUAGGGGGAACUCCUGAAGAAACGGGUCCACGUUCAGGUAUGUUCUUUCACUUGGAACAAAAAGAAAUCCGUCUCCUGCGCUGGGACCCUCAGGAAGAAGAGAUGGUGGCUGCGAGCCAAGAGGAAGCUGAAAACCUACGUGAGCAGCUGACAUCACUGGACCCAUCUUUAGGGCCCUACCCAUAUGAAAGUCUCCGCCGCUGGGUGUCACUGACCAACCACAUAUCUAAAGAAACAGUGCUGAAGCUUCAGCCAGUCUGUGGAACCAUUUGCUCCUUUCCAGAGGUCUUACCUAUGGAGAAGAUGACUCUCACAGAGGAUCGGGUCAAACAUAACUUACCCAGGUAUGAUACCAUGUGCCAGAACUAUAAGGAAGGCUUGUCCAGACUCCCCCAAAUGAAGCAGAAAGAUGGAACAGAAAUCCGAUUCAGCCAGCUACCAGAGAAAAUGUACCCCAAAAAUGCCACCCCUGCAGAGAUUACUGAGCACAGCAUGGACCUGUCUUAUGCCCUCGGACAAGUAAUUGACAUGAACUAUCCAGGGAAUCCACUGGAAAUCCUAGCCGAGCUGCAGUUCGCCUUUGUGUGCUUCCUUUUGGGGAACGUCUACGAGGGGUUCGAACAGUGGAAGAACCUGCUGAAUCUCCUGUGCCGAGCGGAGACGUUCUCCUUGCAGCAUUCGGGUCUGUACAAUGAGGUCAUCUCCAUCCUGUAUCACCAGCUGGCACAGGUUCCCACAGACUUCUUCAUAGACAUUGUAUCGCAGAACAACUUCCUGACAAGUACUCUGCAGGCCCUUUUCUCAUUCCUGUGCUCCCCGUCCACCCCUAAAGACCUGAGGAAGAAAGCUCUCCGCUUCCGCUCCCAUCUCACCAAGAGGUUUCAGUGGGACUUUGAAGAGGAUCCUCUGGACUCUGCCCCUCUUGUUGUCCAGCUGCCCGAGGGCUGGGAAAACACUAUUAAUACAGAUCAAACUGUGCACCCAGAGGGAAAUACCGAAAUUUCCUCCCCUUCAUAGUUGUCAUAGGGUCCACGAAAUUCUCCUGGUUUAUUGACUCCUACAGUUGUGGUGCUGAGAAAUUCACAAUCAGAGACUAUUCGGCACUGUAUCCUGAAUGGAAGUCAUACAUGGGAUUUGGCUACCAAAGACUUGUCUCCCAAACAUUUUAAGGGGUUAUCCAAGUUUUAUUACCUCUUCGCUAUCAUGCCUGUGAUACCAAGUUUAUGUCUUAAAGGGGUACUCCGCUCCUAGACAUCUUAUCCCCUAUUCAAAGGAUGGGUAUAAGAUGUCUGAUCGCAGGGGACCCCCAUGAUCUCUGCUGCGGCACCCCAGACAUCCGGUGCCCAGAUGACUGGCAAUGCGGGGUGGAGGCUCGUGACGUCAUGACCAUGCCCCCUCAAUGCAAGUCUAUGGGAGGGGGUAUGACGGGCAUCAUGCCCCCUCCCAUAGACUUGCAUUGAGGGGGUACAGCCGUGACGUCACGAGCGGGGCGCAGCCGUGAUGUCACGAGCCUCCGGUGCUGAACCAGGCGGCGGUACCCCCGCAAUUAGACAUCUUAUCCCCUAUCCUACAUGUGUAGGAUGGAUCAAUCCCUUUUUUGUGAUUUUAUGGUACCCCCAGGUUCAGUAAUUCUCUGGACUCUUGAUGACUGUUGUCUCGAUCCUUUCCCAGGAUCCUGUUCGGCUCGAGACAUCAGCUGAUCACAUGGGCAGUGGCACAUACAGCUGGAUUCCCCCCAUGCAUGUAGAGCAAGUAAAGCACUUAAAGGGGUUCUCCACCAUACGGUGAUUUUAGUACGUACCUGGCAGAUAGUAAUGGACAUGCUUAGUAAUGAUCUGCGCUUGUCUUGGGGCUAAAUGGCUAUGUUGUGAGAUUACCAUAAUACCGUGGCUAGCUUUUUCUGAACUGGUAUAUCCUGUUCGUGUUUCCUUCUUUGCCUACAAAUCCCAGAAUUCAAUUUUUCUCCCUCCCACGCAUCAGCCACCCCACCCAUUGAAACAUAAAUUAGCUGCAUCCAUUCAAAAGACCUGUGGUUUUCAAUCAGGGUGCCUACAGCUAAUGCAUUAGUUGCAGAUUUAUCUCUCUCCCACCAAGCGAUCGCUCAACCCAUUGAAGCAGACAGGCUCCCUGUCAUCAGCUGACUAGUGAUGUCAGGUCUCGGCCGCAUUGCAAGCUGGGGAAAAUCCGAGACAACAGUCAUUUUGUAUGCUGGUAAAAAUAAAUAUUGGGGUGAAAAUCACAGAAGAAUUGUGAGAAAACCGUCACACACAGGUACAGACACUAUAUUAUGAACUACACUAACUUUACAGCCCCUGUAGCAUAGUCAAAUAAAAAAAAUUCCUGGAAUACCCCUUUAAUACAUAACUUAGCAUCACAUGCACAAUAGUGAAACGUUAAUAAAGCCUGGCUUACCCCUUUACGUCUCACUGGGCAUUUGGAUAUGGAAUACUAGUGUGACACAGAAUGCACUUGUGAACCGAUGUUACUUAUGCCGCAUUUGUAAUUGUUUGUCAAGAUAUGAUCUUCUCCCAGUAAAGCUUUUUUGUAUCCAUGGAGAGAGCUGCACUCACCUUUGGGAUCAAAUGCUUAAUCCUAUCCUAUAAAAUUUGUGAAAAAAAUGAAACUGCUUAUUCUGACUUCUAAAUCUUCCACCAGGGGGCGCUGCUUUACUUAGAAAUAUUAAAAGUGCACUUGCUUCUUAUAGUCCCUAGAUCUCCAAAUUGUGACACUCCAGCU